GCUUGAGCUCAGAACGCCGUCGCCCCCCAGCCGCUACAGGGGCGGCUCCGCCAUUCGUUCCCGUCAGCCCCGCCUCGGUCCCCUGAGACCCGCGCCUGGAGCCCAGGCCAGGCCUCUGACCGGCCCCCGGAGCCCUGCGUGGACUCGCCCACGGCGACAGCGAUCUGCUCUGGAACUCAGAAGCUGGGUCUGCAAAGCGUCAGCCCUGUGCUCGCCACCGUCACCUGCUGGUUGGAUUCCGGAAACCCACUGUCCGAAGACCACUGAAAGGAGUCGCCGACGCCCAAAAUCGAACUCGUCUGGACUGAAAGCUCCCUUCACCUCUGGCUUCCCUCUGCUCUUUUUAAUCCGUUCUAUAAGCCUUGAGGAAGUUUCUGGGCCCUGAAACCAUCCCCCCACCACAAAGUAGCUGGGGUGAGCCCCAAACCUUGCUGCUUGUACUCCAAGCGCUUGUGCCUCCAACCCAGCGAGUCUGAACGUUAAAACCCAAUUCUUCACACAUCCAGGACGUUCUGCCUUUUCUUCUCUUGCAGUGUCUCCUGUACCCCCCAAAAUUUCCCCUCCUCCUGUGUCCCCUUCGCCCCCCUCCUUUGGGGGCCCCGUGACCCUGAAUGUGGGGGGCACGCUAUAUUCCACCACUUUGGAGACCCUGACCCGCUUCCCAGACUCGAUGCUGGGGGCCAUGUUUAGGGCUGGCACCCCCAUGCCCCCCAACCUCCACCCGCAGGGAGGCGGCCACUACUUCAUCGACCGGGAUGGCAAGGCCUUCCGGCAUAUCCUCAAUUUCCUACGGCUGGGCCGCCUGGACCUGCCCCGCGGGUACGGGGAGACUGCGCUUCUCAAGGCAGAAGCUGACUUCUACCAGAUCCGGCCCCUUCUGGAUGCCCUGAGCGAACUGGAGACAUCUCGGGGGGCCCCUGCACCCACAGCUGCCCUGCUCCACGCAGAUGUGGAUACCAGCCCCCGCCUGGUGCACUUCUCUGCUCGCCGGGGCCCUCACCACUAUGAGCUGAGCUCCGUCCAGGUGGACACCUUUCGUGCCAACCUCUUCUGCACUGACCCCGAGUGUCUGGGUGCCUUGCGGGUCCGAUUUGGUGUGGCAAAUGGGGACAAAGCAGAGGGGAGCCCACACUUUCGGUUGGAGUGGGCCCCCCGCCCCGUGGAACUCCCCGAGGUGGAGUAUGGGAGACUGGGGCUGCAGCCGCUGUGGGCUGGGGGGCCAGGAGAGCAGCGGGAGGUAGUGGGCACACCCGGCUUCCUGGAGGAGGUGCUGCGGGUGGCCCUGGAGCACGGCUUCCGCCUGGACUCCGUCUUCCCCGACCCUGAGGACCUGCUCAACUCCCGAUCUCUGCGCUUUGUCCGGCACUGAGGAUGCGGCCCUCAGUUUCAUCGUGGGGGGAGAGGGAAUGGGGCAGAUGCGGGAUGGGGCUCCCGGAAGCCUCUUCCCAGCUUUUCCUAGGGAACUUUGAGAGUCAGGGGUCCCACUGCACCUGAUUUGGAGCCCAUAUGUGGGCAGGAAUUCCCAAACCUGAGCACACCUGAGUGCUCACACGUGAUCCAGAGGAUCUGGAGUGUUACUAUA